CUCGUAUCCGCCCGUUGACCUCGAGUCCUUGAGUUCUGAAGCAUGAACACACCCCUGCCACGCUGCCAUGCCAUGGUCGGCUGCACCUCCAUCCUGAAUCAUCGUCAUGUAUUUCCUUCCUACACACACAAACACACACACGCCGGCAGCCGAGCUCGUCAAGCCCACCACACCCCUCCAUCAUGACGCUGAGACGCUCUAAAUCGUACCUCCUGCUGACGCUAAUGAGCUGUGGAGGGCUGGCAAGGUGUCAGGACAACCGCUCCAGAUCCGAUCACCGACACAACCAUGCUCUAUAUCACAGGCUGAUCUCUUCUCUUUCCAUGCUUUUCCUCUCCCUCAAGCAGCUGAGCUGACUUGAUCAGAGACGGUCCUUUUCUUCUGGAAUAUUGCAUUGAGUUCCCCACGUUCCUUUAUUUCAUUCGUUCGUUCCUGGUGAACUCCUGCCAGUCUUGACCCAUUCCAGCUUCCCUACGCAAGAAUCACGUCAACGACCUUUGUACAAAUUUUUUCCAGAGAAUACUUGGAUCCUUCUUCACAAUGCAUCCCAACACCUUUCUCGCCGCCCUUUGUGCCACCGGACUUGGCGUCGCAUUUGCCCGACCCACCUCCCUCGAUGCUCGACAAAGCAUCGAGAAGCCAGCUCCUCGUCAAGGUCACGGUCGCCACAGGCGCACGUCAGCCAUCCAGCGUCGCGAAGUUCCCCAAGAGCAUUCUCACGAGAUCUUCAUCACCGUCGUCAACGAGUUCCUCAAGAAGAACAAUCCCGACAACAUCCAGGAUGCCAUCUUUGCCCUCCUAGGCAAUGCUGCCGCCUCCCAGGGAUUGGGUAACAUCGCCGACCCAGACUGUCUGCAGCUAGCCACAGCUGACCGCGCCUUCACCAAUGCCAAAGCUGAAAACGACAUUGAUGGAAUGACUGCAGCUCUGAUCUACCGUGGCCUUGAGCGCAAUACAGGCUCCGUUGGCCUGGCUUCGACCGCCUGUACCUCCAUCACCGCCGUGAACCCCGAGAUUGGCGCCAUCUCUCAGCAUCAGGACCCUGCCUCUCAGGGCGCUGCCGCCAUCAACAAAGCUAUCGCCCUCGAAAUCGCGUUCCAGAUCUCCACAAUCGGCGGUGACCCAUUUGACGCACUUGACUCUGGUACUUUCCAGCCUGGCCAGAUUGGCGACCCAACCGCCAGGGGCAACACUUGCAACACCCUUGACGACGAAUUCGGCUGUAUCUUUAGCCAAGGUCUGAUUGUGGAAGAUGCUACUGAAGACGAGGUCACGGCCUUUGUUGCUUCUCGUGCUGGUGGUGGUGGAAAUGGUGGAAACGGUGGUGGAAACGGUGGCGGUAACGGCGGCGGCAAUGGCGGCGGCAAUGGCGGUGCAACUACGACUUCAGCUGCCGGCACUACCACAACGACCGCUGCCACCACCACUACUAAUGCUGCCACUACUACCACUACUGAUGCUGCCACUACUACCACUACUGAUGCCGCUGUCACUACUACCACUACCACAGCAGCCACAACUACCACGGCUCCCCCUCCUGCUGCUACCGGGAAAGUCAACUUGGGUCAAUGCAGGGACCCCCGUGUCUUCUUCGCUCCCAACCUUGAUGGUCGGCGAGAGGCAUUCGCUUUUGCGCCCAGGGACAAGAGCUCCUUUGAUCAUGGCGCGGACGAAACCCUCAAGACCAUCACGGAUUUCAUCUGCCAACAACUCAACGAUCGAUGCCGAGCUCCCAAAAUCACUGUUGACAUCUGCAAAGUCGCAGCCGCGGCAGCAUCAAGACUCAAUGGUCAGGCAGCCGCUGAUGUAUUUAAUGCAGCCUUUGGUUUGUAG